AUGGCAUUCGGUAGUAUCGACGUGCCAUCGGUAGUGGACCAACGUGAUUUGGAGCUGUUCUGCUUGCUGGAUCGUCAGCAUAGUCAGUGUGUAGACGAAUGUGGCUAUACGGUACAGUUCAAUUUAAGGGAAUUUGUUUGCAAGAAACGUUUCAAGGAGGUAAGUAAGGGACUUGUCAUUAUUACUGAACAAUGCUACUAA